AUGGCAACAGCCCUCAUCUUAGCAGGAGGGAAGGGGACACGUCUCAGACCAAUGACAGACAGCACGCCCAAGCCGCUGCUGCGAACCCCACACCGGACAAUCCUCGAAACCCAGAUCCAGAGCCUCUACGAGCACGGUGUGCGCUCUGUGUAUGUCCUCAUUCAUCAGUCUCAGCAUGACUCUUACAAGGCGUGCGUUGACAGCCUUGAUGUAAGGCACCACAUGCAGAUAGUCUUGGUUACAGAGCACGAGUGGUUGGGAACAGCAGGCGCUGUUGUUAGCUGUUUGUGGGCCUACCCGGAGCUUUCCAAGCUGACACACAUCCUCAUCAUGAACGGAGACGUUGUCUGCCGCUAUCCCUUCUCAUCGUUGAUCUCUACCUACAAGUCGCAGAACUGCGCGUGCCUACUAACACACUUCUCCACUCGGGACCCAUCGCAGUAUGGGCUGCUGAGGCUGACCAGAGAAAACGGGCCGUCGGCUCUGUCACUGUCUGAAUUAUCAGAUCGGCCCUCACUGCCUUCCUCCUCCGCGGGCUCUGAGCUGAGCGAGUCCUUAUCCGCUGGAGACGGGCUGCUAUCGUCCUUCGGCCCUGCUAGCUCUGCCGAAUCAGCAGACAUCCUAUUCGAAGAUCCCACCGACGCCAGCGCCGAGAGUGACAGCGUGGCAUCGGUCUCCUCAGCGGUCGAUGCACGCCAAGUAAUGAGGAUAAGAGAUUAUAACCGAAUCCACCGCGGUGGAGCAAGCAUCGCAAGGGUCUCCACGCCACACCUCCCCAGCUCUCCGGCGGGACUGCGGGUCAACAGCCGUCGAAGCGAUAGAACUAGGAGCAGGUCCAGAGAUAGGCCCAGAGGGGGUGUGCAGAUGGGAUCCCUGGGACCGCAGCUGGACUUGUCGUACGGGCAGAUAUCUCUGGUGGACUGCUCAAACAGACACUUGCGCUCCCUCCCCACUCAGACCGCCUCCAGAACCUCCACACGAUCAUCCUCGGGCGCCACCAUCCGUCUGGGCAGGGUGUCAGCGUUCAUAGAAAAGCCUUGUUUUGUGGCAGUGGAGAGCCAGCAGGACAGAGCUGGCCACGGAGUCUCGUAUGCAAAUGCCGGGAUCUAUGUCAUCAACCCCGCUCUCCUGCUGGCGUUCCCGGUCCCCUGCUCUAUGGAGCAGGGAGUCUUUCCCAUCCUUCUGUCACGGAAGCUGGACGUGCUGUCGUUCUACAUCGGCACGGAGAAGACGUGGAGUGACAUGGGGACCGUCGCGGGAUUUAUAAGGGGGUGUCAGCUGUUGAACGGAGUCCCGGCGUUUGACCAGGGCUCAAACUCAUCCACACGGCUGGGAAGUGAGGCACACAAGUCUAUGUCAAAGAAUGGCCUUCGGGGCAAUGUCACAGGCGACGAUGUGCGUAUCGCGAGGGGGGCGCACGUCGCCAACUGCGUAAUAUACGACAAUACAGUCGUGCCGCCCGGAGUGCAUCUGGAGGGAUGCAUUGUUUGUUCAGGGGAAGGGCUGGCGCAGGGCAAGCACUAUUACAACAAAAUCAUACCUUAG